AUGGAGAAGUUGGAUAUUGGAAGCUCAAUAAGCCAGAUCAAAAUCAUGGGCACAGUGCUGUCCAUCUCUGGGGCAUUACUCGUGACCCUUUACAAGGGCAGUUCCAUCAGCAGCUUUGAAAUUAAACCCUCUCCAUCACAAUCAUAUUCAUUGCCAUCUUUGUUGGCUGAAACCAGUAACUGGGUCAUUGGGGGUCUUUUUCUUGCCCUUGCCUCUCUGUCUCUUGCAGCCUGGAACAUUACUCAGGCAACAAUUCUUAAAGGAUAUUCAUCUCAGUUAACCAUAGUAGCCUUCUAUUGCCUAUUUGGAAGCAUCCAAAGUGGAAUACUUUCUCUCAUUCUAGUCAGAGAUUCAAAUGACUGGAAAAUAAGCCCUGACAUUCAGCUCAUCUCUAUAUUCUAUUCAGCUGUUGUGGGAAGUGUGGUGACGUUUUCUGUAAUGACUUGGUGCAUAAAAAGGAAAGGACCUGUGUUUGUUAGCAUGUUCAAGCCUGUGGGGAUUGCCAUUGCUGCCUUUUCCAGUGUUCUCUUCAUUGGUGAAACACUCCAUGUUGGCAGUGUGAUUGGCGCAGUGAUAAUCGCCAUUGGAUUUUAUACAGUAUUGUGGGCACAAUCAAAAGAGGAAAAGUUGAAAGGCAUCGCAGCUGAUAGUCAAUCAUCCCCAUCUGACCAAGCGAGUCCUCUACUCAACAUUUUAGCAUAA